ACCUUGACUCUAUGCUCUAUGAAAUUGCGGUUCAAGUUCCAAAACCAGAAGACCUUGGGUUUUAGCAGUGACUCCUUUUCUAUUCCUCUUUCCACAUAACAGAGUGAGAACAAGUCCCACAAUUAAGGUAGGUCAACUGCAACCUUCAAAUUUCUCAAACAUGUUUCCUUCCAUGCAAUUUCCACACUGAUAGUCUUCAAAGAGCAACAGAAAUUUUUGAGUAAAGUUUCUUUCUUUUUUUCUUUUUUUCUUUUUUAGAGUGCAAGGAUUGAUGUGGCUAUUGAUUGUUUUUCACAAUGUGUGUGAGCUGGGUUGAAUCCCCAAAAAAGCAAAGAUAGUAACUUUGGUCAAGUAAAUACAAAAUUGACACUGAGACAAAGGCUAUUUUCUAGAAUGUAUUGGGUUCAUUCUCAAAUCUGCCAUAGCAGUGAUGCUAUCAACAAUCCCACUGUUAUUUCCCCACCUUCUUCUACUUCUUCUUCUUCUGCUUGUUCUUCUUUGUCUUACAGUUCUGACUACAAGAAACAAUUAGCCCCACCACCUUUAGCUUCUUCAUCUGGCAAUAGACUAAGCCCUGCAUUUGUUUUCAUCAUAGUCAUUUUAGCUAUUGUAUUUUUCAUCUCUGGUAUCCUUCACUUGCUUGUUAGAUUUCUCAUAAAGCAAAGGUCCCCUUCAUCAAUUUCUCAAUCCAAUAGGUACCCUGACAUGUCUGAAUCCGAUCCUUACCAAAGACAGUUACAGCAGCUCUUCCAUCUUCAUGAUUCAGGCCUAGAUCAGGCUUUCAUAGAUGCCCUUCCUGUUUUCCUUUACGAAGAGAUAAUUGGUUUGAAAGAGCCUUUUGAUUGUGCUGUUUGCCUUUGCCAAUUCUCAGAACAAGACAUGCUUAGAUUGCUACCUAUUUGUAAUCAUGCUUUUCACAUUGACUGCAUAGACACAUGGCUGCUGUCUAAUUCAACUUGUCCUCUCUGUAGAGGGAGUCUUUAUGAACCAGGCUUUUCCUUUGAAAACCCAGUUUAUGACUUUGAGGGUCUAAGGGAAGAAGAUGGGGUUUCAGGCAGUGUUGUUGCUGAUGCUGCUUCUGUUAACAAACAUGCAGAAAAUCACAUAAUGAGUGGGAAAAGGGUGUUUUCUGUUAGGCUUGGAAAAUUUAGAAGCUCAAAUAAUGGAGAUGGGGUGGAAAGAGUUGAAGGAGAGAGCAGUACAAGUAUUGUGGAUGUUAGGAGAUGCUAUUCUAUGGGGUCUUUCCAGUAUGUGGUUGCUGAUUCAGAUUUGCAAGUGGCUUUGUGCCACAAGAAAGGUGAUGGAGUAGGUAUUGGUAGCAGUAUGAGACAAUUGAAAGGGAGAUUUGCCCAAAUUGGGAAUUCUUCCACUGAUGGGGAUGUUGAGGGGGGAAAAAUCAACAUUGCUAGGAAAGGUGAAAGCUUUUCUGUUUCCAAGAUCUGGCUAUGGUCUAGGAAGGAUAAAGUAUCAAGUUCACCAGAAACCCAUUUGGGUAAUUCUAAUGUCACUGCAACUUUGCCUCAGAUGAAUAGAGCUCAAGGGAGAAGAGGUGGAAACUACGAAAAGCUUGGUGAUGCGACUCUACACGGGUGGAAAUUCCAUGCUACAUCGAAUUGCUGGGCCAAAAUUCCAGAGAAGUGGCGCAAGUUAGCGCCACGUGCAUAGGCCAAUUAGCAGGGAUCUGGCGCGGACCCGCGCCAGUUUGCGGGAAUUACAGUACCGUGUUUUUGUUGAUAAAUGACCUAUGGCCUGAUUUAUGGCUUAGCUUACAUCUAUGUGACUUACCUUGAUUGAGAUUGAAUUACUGAUGUGUUGAAAAUAAAACAAAGAAGUUGAGGUAAGCUCCACAAAGGUUAAGUGAUUAGGGGAUGCAUAUUUC